GUCACCUCAAACCCUAUUCUUCAGACUCUCUUCCUCGUGCGUCUUCACGCCGUCGUCCAAAUUUGACGAAGAUGUCUUCGACGCUACGUGACAGGCCGAUCUCCUCUUCUCAAUUCAACUAUUUUUGAUCUGUUAGGAUCGAUCUCAUAUACAAUUCCCUAGAUCUUUCUCUAGCUUGUGCAAAUAGCACGGCUUCGAAGGCAACGACCACCUCCCUUUCCCCGUUUCCCAGCGACAUAGUAUCGUCUUCCUUCCUCCACCUCCUUAAGGUCUAUCUUUUUCUCUCUGAAGAAUCUCCUGCUAAUGAUCACAUCCCUACCUCUGCUCUCCUCGUGGUUGUUUCCAUGCCUAGGGGCACCACUAGUGAGUUAAGCGGUGUUUCAUGGUCCUAUGCUCAGUAGGUUCAGCACAGUACUAUAUUCAAAACCUAUAAAUUUGUUUAUUCUGUUAAGAGCAGCAUUUCUACUGCAUCCAGAUACCUCUGUAGGUGUUAGGUCUUCUGGAAUGUCGGCCAUGGAGUCAUUACGCCACACUCAAAAAUUUCAUUCAACAAAUUUAUUGUCAGAGAAUUUAGAUCAGCCAUCUAAUUCCCCAGAACCUUCAUAUUUGCAUGUGGAGAAUACUUGCUCGUCCAGUGUCUGCUCCACUCCAGACAUUGAAAAGAAGUAUGUUCAUCGCAUUUAUGAUGCCAUUGCACCUCAUUUCAGCUCAACUCGAUUCGCUAAGUGGCCAAAAGUUGCUAGUUUCUUGAACUCUUUGCAGCCAGGUUCUGUCAUUUUGGAUGCUGGUUGCGGAAAUGGAAAGUAUCUUGGCCUGAACCCUGAUUGCUUCUACAUAGGUUGUGAUAUAAGCCCUUCUCUAGUUGAAAUAUGCACAAGGAAAGGCCAUGAAGUAAUGGUUGCUGAUGCUGUCGACCUUCCCUACAGAGAGAAUUUUGGUGAUGCUGCAAUUUCUAUCGCGGUAUUGCAUCACCUGAGCACUGAUAGUAGACGGAUAAAAGCAAUAGAGGAGUUGGUUAGGGUUGUUCGGAAGGGUGGGCUGAUUUUAAUCACUGUGUGGGCUGUUGAACAAGAAGAUAAAUCACUACUUACUAAAUGGACACCUCUCUGUCAUAAGUAUGAUGAUGAAUGGGUGAAGUCAAGCAAUCCACCUGUUCGUGGUAAUGCUGCAACCAAGUUGGAAUGUAUCCCCGAGUUAGAUGAAAGUUGUAGGCAAACAUCCAGCAGAUUGUUUGCUGGAGAAGUGGAGUCAAGAACAGACAAAGUUAUGGACGGUGCUUCUAUUCCAUGUUCCAUUUCGGAGGGAGAGUAUUCUUCCAACGAUGGCCUAUCUGAGACCCAGCAGGAAUAUUUUGUUCCUUGGCACUUGCCAUAUCACCGUGCUGAAAUUAGUGGUGCAUCAGCUUCAGCACUUGAAUCUGGACUAGCAAAGAAGGAUGAUAAGAAAGGAGCGCUGGUAUACAACCGUUAUUACCAUGUUUUUGUUGAAGGCGAACUCCAAAGGUUGGUUUCGGGCAUAAAUAAUGCAUCAAUUGUCGACCAAUUUUAUGACAAAUCGAAUUGGUGUAUUGUUCUCGAGAAGAUCUAAGACUGUGCACGAUAAUUGUUGAAUAUUGUAGAUUCAUUUGAGAGAAUUUUGGCUGCGACUUCGAAUCCUCCCUAAGUAUUAGAAUUAUUUGUGCGCUGGCAAUGGUUGAUUCUAUGGUGUCCAUGCUUUGUAUUGCUAAUUGCUAUUGACAUGAGCAAUCAGCUUAGGUCUGUAAAACCUGAAUUGAGCUUAAACUGAUGACAUUAAAAAAGCUCUGGGUUUUUUUUUGCCGUCCGCUUGCCGUCUGCCGCGAGCGAGUGUUUCUUGAUUUAUUCUAAUGUUUAGUGGGAAAAUUUCAUAUCGUUAGACCGGUCAUUCCAGGAUUAGCUGUGUUAAUUAUUUUUUUUUCAAAUUUAUUAAAGAGUUAAUGAGGUUGAGCUUUUA